GAACCAAAACUUUAAUGAUACCUACUUACUUAAACUUGAGAAAUACCACAGAAAAUGUCAAUAUCCCAUAGAAUCAUGUUAUUUACUUAUCAUUUUGCUUCUCUCACAUCUAUUUAUAACAAUUUAUUUCCAACAGAGUCUCCUUGAAUAUUGGUUUGAGUGAAAGAAGAAGAAAGAGUUUAUUGAUUGAGAGUGUGUGAAUUGUGUUCGUGUCUGUGUGCGCAAUUGGAAGAAUCGACGUCGAAAUUUGCUUUGCUUUGCUUUGCAUUGUCGCAACUAUGGUGAAUACCCAAGAGCUUCUGGCUCAAAUGGAGACAGAAUAUUGUCCUCCACUCGACAACAGUACGUUUCGUGCAAUAAUCGCAGAUUACGAUCUCUCCAAUAAAGAGCAAAUUCAGACGGCGCGCGUGGUUUUGGACAUGAUAAGGAAAGAUGCAGAGUUUGAAGAAGCUACUGGCUUCGAUCCGAGUGGAACUUGGGGCGGAACAUACACAAAUAGAGGGGAAACUUCAGCAGAGCAGAAUUCGCAGAAUGGCAAUAGCAGAAAUGACGAUGCGAGCACAAGUAGUAAAAGUGUACCUGGAUGGAGUAGUUCUACAGACGAUACAUUGAGUCAAAGAACAUCCUCACUAGAUCUUUUGGAAGGAUUGGACUUUCCGGGCAGCGAAGAUGCUUACAAGGGGACUGACUUUACGGAUUCUCUUGAGGGAAUGGAUGUGAACAGUCAAGAGGAUUUCUUACUUUCGACUUUCGAGACUCUGAAACCUUUUGAUGUCAAAUAUUCCCUGAAGAAGUCCAAAGGAAAUGUUAAUUUGGCGAUCGAGGAUUUACUCAAUCUAUCCUUCCUCGAGGAAACAGGAUCGAGGAGACGUGGUAUUGAAGCCUUCUCUGAAAGUUCCGCAUUACCUAAAGCCCGCAAACAAAAAGGAAAGAGAAAAGGUCGAAAGACUGAAGCCUCUGAAAGCAGUACCGUUGCAGACAAUUCACCUAUUUCUUCUGAAGCGAGUAAAUGGGAGACGGGCAGAAAGGAUGUCGAAUUCCUAUCUACCAGAACCGGCAUACCUAUGCAACAGAUUACUUCAAUGUACCACAAUCAUGGAGCUUCUGUCAAAGCGACAAUCUUAUCAAUCAUUGAAAACUAUCCUGCCACCGAUAUGGAAGAGGAAGACCCAAUAAUUGAAGUGCAAGCAAUGGAACUUGGGGAAGCUUUUCCUUCAAUUAAACCCUCCCACAUACUCGUUCUCACUCAAAUCACAUAUCCAUAUACAGCCAAUGCGCAUGAACUGGCAAAUGCACUCAUAGCGACUCCUAUUUCCAAGCCAGGCAAACCAAACCUUCAAGUUGAAAUCCGACAUGUGCCUCUUAAUAUCGACCUCUCCCCCACGAUUUUAUCAGCUUCAAAACAGUACUCCUUAAAUGCUAUCUACCCCACGCAUUCUACCUCCUCUAAUCCUGGUACACCACUCUCUCCCUCUACAGACUCAAGCCCUCACGUCAAUGCACGUAACACUGCUUUCCAAAAAGCAUCCGCUGCGUACAAAAAGUCCAAAUCCAAUCCUCUGAUGGGCGGCGCAGCAGCUUAUUACUCCCAACUGGGACGAGAUGCCAAUGUCCGUGUUAAAAAUGUCGAAAGUGCUGCAGCGGACGAAUUAGUCAUGAGUCAAUGUUGGAGCGGCGGUAUAGAUUUACAUGGAGUUGGAGUCCGAGAUGCAGUGAGAAUCGCAAGAGAGAAAGUAACCAUGUGGUGGGUUUCAGAGGAACAGAGAAGAGUCAGCGGUGGAUAUACACGAGCGGGGCCACAACAGGGAUUCAAAAUCGUAACGGGUGUGGGAAAUCACAGUGAAGGCGGAAAAGGAAAGUUAGGACCUGCUGUAGCGAGGAUGUUGAUUAAGGAGGGGUGGAAAGUACAGGUCGGGAGCGGCGCAUUGCUUGUUAUGGGGGUGGCGAGGAAGUAGGAAUAUCUUGGGUAGAUCAUUUUGUCUGGGCGUAUCAAAGUAGGCGCACUUGAUGGAGUCGUUUGGUCGUUAGGUGAUGGAAAAGGGCGUCUCGGCGAUUGUGUGGGUGGACGAUGGAGUUUGAAAGACUUCCCAGCGAACUUUUUUCUGCUUACGAAUAUGAGCGUAUAAAGUCUAUUGAAAAAUUAUGCAUAGAUAGAUUUAUGAGCGUCAUUAGAGUAGAUCAAUGUACUCA